AUGUCUUCCUUGGGUUCCACCCCCACAUCCCCAGUUCCUGUUAAAGACUUGAGGCUCCUGGAUGUCAAACUGGGUCAGCUGCCGGCAUGGCUGGCGUCGUGCGAUUACAGCCCCGCGGGGAUUGUUAAAGCUUACCAACGAGGUACCAAUCGAUUUUACAAUAAGUACAUUAAUGUGAAGAAAGGUGGCAUCGGGGGUAUUGCCAUACUCCUUACAAGCUACGUGGUGAUCAGCUAUAUCUGGAGCUACGACCAUAUUAAGCAUGACCGCUGGAGGAAGUAUCACUGAGACUGAAUGCACCAGAACAAUACAGGCCG